AUGGAGUAGUAGAAGAAGACGAAGAAGCAGGAGCAGAGAGGGACGAGCAUCGAGCCACGGGUUCCAUCACACGGGUUCCGUGACAUUUCCACCGUCCGUGGACUCAUAUUUGACACAUUUUUCGGGAUGGCCUCACAGCCUCCGCCAAAACCGUGGGAACGACGGAUUCCGGGAGCGAUGAGCGCGCCUGUAAAUUACAGGUCUGCAGAAUUUGCACCAGCUCCAGGUCUCUCCACACCUGCUGGCCCUCCUGUCCUGACCCGAAUGGUGCCCCCUGUCCCACCACGUCCUGUCCAGCAGUCAUACCGUCCGUCCUAUGGCUCCUUCAACUCGUCCUACAGCCCCUAUGGGAGCUCAAUGUUAGGAGGCUACAGCCCUUACAGCUACGGCGGCAGCUAUGGUGGUGGCUAUGGCGGUGGCAGCUACGGCCUGGGAGGUUACGGCCGCUUGCCCCACACAGAAGAGGUCGCCCCCAGCAGGUUUGUGCAGCAGGCUGAAGAGGGCAGCCGCGGCGCCUUCCAGUCCAUCGAGAGCAUCGUGCAGGCCUUCGGCUCGGUCAGUAUGAUGCUGGAUGCCACCUUCUCUGCCGUAUACAACAGUUUCCGCGCCGUGCUGGACGUCGCCAACCACCUGACGCGGCUGCGCGCUCACCUCACCCGUGUCCUGUCGGCCUUCGCUCUGGUUCGCACGCUGCGCUACCUUUACCGGCGGAUACAGAGGCUGCUGGGGCGGAGGUCGGGCACUGAGACCGAGGACUUGUGGGCAGACAGCGCUGCCGAUGCCAUAGCUACAACGUCGUCCGUGGGGUUUGAAGCGGGGCUGGAGGAUCAGACGGUCAAAUCUUGGCCCAUCUUUCUGUUUUUUGCCGUCGUCUUGGGCGGACCCUACCUCAUCUGGAAACUGCUGAGCUCUGGCCCUCGCUCUGAAGAAAGUGCCACUAACUGGGCCAGUGGAGAGGACGACCAUGUCGUCGCCAGAGCUGAGUACGAUUUCACGGCUGCUUCUGAGGAGGAGAUUUCUCUGAGAGCAGGAGACAUGCUCAACCUCGCUCCUAAAGAACAACAGCCCAGAGUCCGUGGCUGGCUGCUGGCCAGCGUGGACGGUCAGACCACCGGCCUCGUCCCUGCCAACUACGUCAAGGUUCUGGGAAAGAGGAGAGGACGCAAGCACGCAGAGACGGACAGACUCUCUCAGCUCCACCAAGUGAACACACAGACGCCGCCUCAGGCUGCGCCGUCACAACAGAAUCAUCCUGGCCACACCUCAGAGGAGCUGCUGGAGUCGGUGUACAGAGAGACUCCGGAAACAACCAGCUCCGAUGUGAGCUCCAGCACGGUCGUAAAUAUCAGUGACAAAAUGGACCUGUGAUGUUUUUUACAUUAUGCAACGAUGUUCGGCUCAUUCUGUCGUAAUGUUACACUUGACUAAUAAUCACCUGAUGAUAGACACUAAGGCCAAGUCCACACUGGAUGUGUGUGUGGAGACGCACGUGUUUCACUGCAGAAAAGACACAAAAAAAAAUUAUUUCUACAACAUUUUUAGCGUCUGUAGCGUGACAUAAGACAAACGAGUCCUGUUUCUGUUUCAAAAUAAAAGUGCUCUAGCGUAAACUCGGGUUUGUUGUUUGGUCCAAACCAGAAAAUAUUCACAUGUUAGAAGCUAAAAAAUGAGAGAUGUUCAAUUUAGUAGUAACUCAAGCAUUUGUGUUCCCUGAAUCAAUUUUCUAACAAAGCUUUUGUUGUGAAAUACUUGCAGGACUUCACACUGAAGAAUCCUGACAUGUUGUUGAAUACAAAAGAGUUUUUAAGGAAUAAUAUGUAGAGUGCCUCAACACAACAACAGUAACGUUUUCAAAAAUCUAACUCUCUUUAAAUCCAUAGAAAUCCACAACAAUUGCCUGUGAUUUUGCGUAGAUUAAGCUGCUGCUGCUGUUGUGUUUAAAACUCGCUUUAAAAUAAACAUUUAAAUGCUCUAUUCUCAGUAAAAGGCCAGGAUUCUUCUUUGAGAAGCCGCUCGUUUGCUGCUCCUGCAAAUAAUAAUAAAUAAAUAAUUCACAAUAAAAGUUAUGUUGGUUAAAAAACAUUUGUGGGAACAGAAAUGCUAUAGUGCUUUUAUUUUUUAAAGAAGUACAAGACAGCUUGGAUUGAAAGAGAGCGAGACCUAGUGGCAGAAAUUAGUGUUUAAUCGUGUAUUCAAGUAUAUUUUACGAUAUUUUUCAAAUACGCUGCCUGUUUUAAAACUCAGCUACACAGUUCCAGUGCGUCCACGGCCUUAAAGAAACACUGUUGACCUCAACAGUAAAUUUCAACUUCAGUUCUGCUAACGUUAUUGGUUAUGAAGGUUGUGUUCUGUUUAGAGCUGCUGUGUUUCUCUUUUCUUCUCUUAGUUGAGGAACUUUAAGAAUUUGGGUUAAAACUGAGAUUGUUCAGUGAUGGAAAUAAUUGUAUCUGACGGUGUGAGGACAAAGCUGUUGUGCUUUGAUACUGUAGUGAAGUAAAUGUGUGCGUGAUUGAUGAUCAUGGGCCUUUUUAUGUUGUCUCUUGUUCACGAUCAGAGGGAAGGGCUAAUUUUGCACAGUUAACAUUUAAUGCUGAAAAUAAAUAUUUUUAAAAUCAAAA